CGCAGCUUCUUCCUCUGUCUCGGUGAGAACUCAGAGUUUACCAGGCUCGGUCACCACUCUCCAGUUCUUCCCAUUAGAGAGCCUCUACUUCCUUCAUUUCUCAACGAUUCUUUUCUAUUUCGCUCUGUUACUUCAAGUUUGAGUUCAUAAUAUGUAUUCUUGCGCUUCACUGAAGAGAUCUGCAACCUCGAUCCACUUACUCCCCGGGAUCCAGCGAUUGAACUAUCGUUUCAUUUUCAAUCAAGCAGAAGUCUUGUCUUCGUCUUCAUCUUCGUCUUCAUCUAGUUUGUUUGCCGCGUCGAGCAUUAAGGAAGAUAAGUGGGGAGACUCUGGUUUUGGCUUCAUUCUCAAGGCCGUUACGGGGUUUACCGUCGGUUCAGGCUUAGGGUUCUCGUAUUGGUAUUCUUCUUCUUCUUCUACUACAACUUCCGCCGAUUAUUCGACUGUAACAAAGACCACAGCGGAGGAGGAUCCGCAUCCGCAGCAUCAUUCUAGCAUCCAAGAUGCGGCUGAGGGGAAAAAAUCUUGGUACCUCUUUGGAGAUGCAUUUAGGAGGAGGGUUUUCUUUAACUAUGAAAAGCGCAUUAGGAUGCGAAGUCCUCCCGAAAAGGUUUUUGAGUAUUUUGCAUCUUUUCGGACUCCAGGAGGGGAGGUAUUCAUGACACCGGCAGACUUGAUGCGGGCAGUUGUUCCUGUAUUUCCUCCAUCUGAAUCAAAUCUCAUUAGAGAAGGGUAUUUGAGAGGGGAGAGAAGCCCUGGGGAGUUGCGAUGUGAAACUUCAAACUUUUUUAUGCUUUUUGAUACAAAUAAUGAUGGAUUUAUAUCUUUUGCAGAGUAUAUCUUUCUUGUAACACUCCUCAGCAUCCCAGAGUAUAGCUUCGCCGUGGUUUUCAAAAUGUUUGACCUUGAUCAUAAUGGAGAGAUAGACAGGGAGGAAUUUAAGAAAGUGAUGGCUUUGAUGCGGGCUUAUAACAGGCAAGGUGUUCAUCAUAGGAAUGGACGGCGAACUGGGUUUAAAGUUGGGACUUCUGUUGAAAAUGGUGGUUUGCUGGAAUACUUCUUUGGCAAGGAUGGGAAUGCACGCCUCCCAAUUGGAAAGUUUGUUGAAUUUUUGAGAAAUUUACAUGAUGAGAUCUUGCGGUUGGAGUUUGCUCAUUAUGAUUACAAGUUAAGGGGAACCAUAUCGGCAAAGGACUUUGCUUUGUCCAUGGUUGCCUCAGCUGACAUGAGCCAUAUAAACAAGUUCCUUGAUCGGGUUGAACUACUGAACAAUGAACCACAUCUUAGGAACAUCCGAAUCACAUUCGAGGAAUUCAAGGAUUUUGCGGAGCUACGGAAAAAACUGCAGCCAUUGUCUCUGGCAAUUUUUGGUUAUGGAAAAGUAAAUGGUUUGUUGACAAGGAAGGAUUUCCAACGAGCUGCUUCCCAUGUUUGUGGUGUAAAUCUCACCGACAAUGUGGUUGAUAUCAUUUUUCACAUGUUUGAUACGAACUGUGAUGGGAAAUUAAGCACACAAGAGUUUUUUACAGUUCUAGAGAAACGGGAGAAAGACAUUGGCCAGCCUACUGAGUCAGGUUUCAUGGGAUUGAUUUCUUGCUGGUUGAGCUGCUCGAAGAGUCGGUCUUUAGCUUGAGAGCAUGUCUGACUCACUAACUAUUACAUGACCAUUAAAGCUUACAUAGAGAAAUUAACGUUCGGCUCUGAUAACUUGGGACAUAGCGAAUUAUUGUACAGUGCUGGGUAUUAAUUACAGUAUAAAUCCCUUCUUUGAGCGAGGAUGUUCUGCCAGCGAAAUUUCUGUAUCACAACAUUGUCUUCUUAUGCAACUUGAACUGUGCAGUUGUUGAUAUUCCCUGCAACUUCUCACACAAGCAUGGAACCUUCGAUCUCAAGGUUGCUGCACACAUGAUCAACAAGCCAUUGAGGCUACGAAGAGGCUUUUUUCUGCAACUUCACAGUUGUUGAUAUUGUAUAAAUUUCUCUUUUACAAUUUCAGUGUAGCAUUGUCCUUUUGUGCUAUUAUUAUGUGAAAAAUGGGACCUCCUCAAUUUAAUCCCUAUAAUUUGUUUCAAA